GAGACGGCGCAAGACCUCAUCCAGAGCAGAAGAGUCAGUGUCUCGUUGGGGUCGUGUGAAGAGGGACUGUAGCUCUCCACUUCAGUGUAGUUAAAAGGGGGAAACCAUAAGAAAUUAAGAAAAAAUGGUAUUUCCUCUUAUCUUGACAUGCGGGCCGAAUGAGGUCAUCGUAUUAUCAGGGUUAGGCUACCGGAAGUCGGCACUCAUCACUGGCGGAAGAAUAAUUGCUUUCCCGUGCCUCCAGCGGUGGCGCAGGUUGUCACUCAAUGUAAUGACCAUUAGAGUACUCUCGACAGGCGUUUACACAUCCCAGGGAGUCCCCAUCACUGUUAGUGGAGUUGCUCAGGUUAAGAUCAGCACACAGCACCCAGAGAUUCUCGAGCGGGCAUGUGAACACUUUCUAACCAAGUCCACAGCAGAGAUCGAGACACUCAUCACUGCUACGCUAGAGGGUCACCAAAGAGCCAUCCUUGGCGCUAUGACAGUAGAGGAUAUCUAUAAGAAUCGGAAGCUGUUUAAUGGGCGUGUGUUUGAAGUGGCCUCCAAAGACCUUUGUAAUCUCGGCCUCCAUGUUCUCUCCUACACCAUCAGAGAUAUAUCAGAUGAGGUGGGAUAUCUUACGGCACUAGGCAUGUCGAGGACAGCGGAGGUUCAGAGAGAUGCGAAGAUAGGCGAGGUGUUAGCUCAGCAGGAGUCGCGGAUCGAGAAGAGCUUGGCCCUUGAGGAACUGAUGAAGGCUAAGUACGCCAAUGAUACUCUUGUCGCUCAGGCUAACAGGAACUUCGAGCAGCAGAAGGCAGCGUAUGAUCAGGAGGUUAUGACCAAGAAAGCAGAAGCUGACUUGGCCUAUGAACUACAAUCAUGCAAGAUCAAACAAAAGAUUCAGGAAGAAAAGAUGGAGAUCGUCGUUGUUGAGAGGCAGGGGAAGAUCCAUGUGGAGGAACAGGAAAUACAGCGAACUGAGAAACGCUUGGAAGCCACAGUGAAACAGCCAGCUGAAGCAGAGAAAUUCAGGUUGGAAACCAUUGCUGCAGCUCAGAGGAAGAAGACUGUCUUAGAGGCAGAGGCUCAAGCAGAAUCCAAGCACCUUCAGGGAGAAGCUGAGGCCUUUGCGAUUGAGGCAAAAGCGAAGGCACAAGCAGCAAGCAUGCACUACCGAGCUGAAGCUUACAAGGAAUUCCAAAAUGCUGCUAUUCUGGAUAUGUACCUUAAAGCAAUACCACAGAUCGUCGGCAAUGUGAGCUCAUCCUUGUCCAACGCCAAGAGUGUGAAGAUGGUGUCUUCAGGAGGAUCUGAGGUCGGUGCUCAGAAGCUAACUCAGGAAGUGAUGAAUAUUUCCACCAGCAUCCCUGAAAUGCUCAAGUCUAUGACGGGGGUUGAUCUGAGAAAGUCUGUGCGAGCAGCAUAAAAGAAGACGGGAGUGGAUAAACAGCGUCAUGAAGUGGUGGUGUAUUAUCAUUACCAAAAUACUGUAUUUAAGUAUUAGUGUAAGAUACUUGGAUGUAAUUUCCUAGGAAUAAGAUAGAUUUUAAUAUUGAUGAGAAUUGUUUUUUUUUUUUUAUAUAUAAGUUGUUAAAGAAAUGUUGUAUGCUAAAUGUGCCUUUGUACAGCUUUAUACAACAUGGCUUGUAACCGGAUGUAUAAUCUAGACAUAUAAUAGAAAUAUAUCUAAUAAACUCCCCCUUGUUGUACAUCACAAAGGAACCCUUGAACACCUUGUACAUUAUGCUGACUAACACGAAGAAACGAGGUCAGAGAUGCCUUGAGGAAAGAAGGAUUUUUCAAAUUAUCAUUAGCAUAAUUACAAUUAUUAUUAUUAUUAUUGUUGUUGUUGUUUUGUUGUUGUUUUAUUAUUAUUAUUAUUAUGCUCAUCACAAUCAUUAUCAUUAUUAAUCUUACUAUUAUUAUAGUAAGAUUGAUGAUAAUGAUAUUACUGCUACUACUACUACUAAUAGUAAUAACAAUAAUAAUAAUAAUGAUAUUAAUAAUAAUAAUAAUAAUAAUGGUAAUAAUAAUUAUGAUAAUAAUGUAUGAUCUACGAGACAUGGCAUAGUAGAUUAAAAAAGCUGCGAACUUGUUUAAUGGAUAAAAACCAGGAUUAGUUUAAGAUAUUGCAUGUGAUUAAUUAAAUUUUAUAAUAUUGAUAACAUUUAUCAAUUCUUUGACUGAACACAUAACACUUAACGGUAGUUGGAAUUAAGAAUAUGAUUUAUAACAGCAUAGAAUUCUACUCAUUUAUCAAAAAAUAAGCUCAAACUUAAUUUUUUUUCCCCGGGUUCCUAUGAACAUCAUUAACUAAACCUGUAAAUAGAGCAUUGACAACCAAAAGAGAUCGAACAACAAGGGGGAUAAUAUUGUUUAAGUAAAUAAAAAAGUAUGUUUAUAGUAUUUAGAGUCUGAAUCAAUUUACUUCUCAGUUACUUUUGGCCUUCUGUGAAUGACCAGGGUAUGAGAAAUGAUAAAAGAUACAAUAAUGAAUAAACAAUGUAAUUAAGAUUACUGCAUUUUUAUUGUAUGUUUUGUGAUCCAGUCUUGAAAUAGGCAAAGGAAGUCAUUUGUAUGGCACUGGUAUGCCUAAACAGUUUUCCCCAUACGGUACAAAGUGGUUUAACCGAAUCUCACUAAAAGACAGACAAAAAGAAAGAAAAAUCUAUGUCUUUGGUAAUACUUCUCCUGAUAUCUGAAUUGUUUGAAUAGGCUGAUAGCUAACCUUUUAAAGAUUAUCAGUUUAGAAAAUUUCAAAACUGCAUUUCGACUCAGUGUGCAUAGUUAUUUUGCACAUGUACCGUCAUUAUUGUGUAUCUUGUACAUUAAAUGUUACAAUAAAAUGA